AUGUCCUCAUUCAUGGCUGAAUCUGAGCCUUCGAUUAAUAUUCCUUCCCUCCUUACCUUCGCCGUUGUCUCAUUCUUCGUCUUCCGGUGGUUUUUCUCACGCUCGGCAUCCCAAGAUGACAGUAAUGCGCACGGAGGGAGAAAUCGAGCUCAGGCAGUCGAUCCAGUACAGCUAGACCAUCUAGCUCAAAUGUUCCCUCAGCUUACACGGAGAGAACUUAUGUGGGAUUUACAGCGGAAUGGCGGAAGCGUGGCGGCCACAACAGAGCGGAUCUUGACGGGAAGAGGAUUAGAGACACCUCCUCCUACGUUCCAACCUCAGAUUCCAGCCGCCUCAACACCUACAGUUGAAUCCACAUCUACUGCCACAGAACAGGUAGCAAAACAAGUAUCGACCAACCUCAUUGCACGAUAUAACCUUCAGUCCAAGAUAGAUAAUGAAUCUACAGAAGGAUCUGGAACCGGCACUGUUUCUAGUGAUUCAACGAUACUUCGACAAGGAAGUGCCUGGUCGCGUGACAAGGAAGAGAGACAGAAACUCAUGCAGAAACGACGGGACGAAAUGAUUCUUACCGCCAGGAGGAAGAUGCUAGAGAAAGAUAGGGCUGCGAAACAAGAGCAGCAGCAAUAA